AUGUCAGAACACAAGGAAAACGCACCAAGCAUAGCCUCCAACCAAUAUAAAAACCUGUUCUUCUUACUAAAACCCACCACCACAGACAAACUGCAUUCCCAACAAGAAUUACCACCCAGAGACAAGAAAGGACACUUCAGAAAGAAAACACCCUGUAACCCAGACCUCUCCGAUAGCACAUUCCCAUCAUCAGAAUCAUCGCCUUUAGACACUCUCGAAAUUGACCAACGAAUGCUAGAGAACGAGCAAGACGAGUCAGAAUACAAGGUCAACCAACAGCUAGCAGACGAUGACGAAGAAUCAUUACCAGAAGCACCAGAUCAAUCCACAAUAGUCUUUCCAAGCUUUAAGCCCUUCAUACCCAUACCAACCUUAAAGUGCCCAACAGCACCAAAUAAAACAGUCAGGUUCAGCGGUAACAAAGAGCGGCGCAGCCGCGUCAAGAAAGGUAACAAGAUAGGGAAAUAG